AUGGCAAUUCCAGGGCAACGCUUUGACCUAGACCUCGAUGCUCCUGACUUUGCAUUCACACCUCUAGAAGACAAUGAUGAGCAUGAUGGCAACUCGAUUUCCGCCGUGAAAGAAAUUCAGGAGCAUGACACGGAUUCAGUCCCAGCGGCGCCGUCGUUGAAGUCAUCCAGGUCUGGAUUCCCUGAGCACAAGCGUCGCAAUAUUUCUACUUUCAAGAGGAAUCAACAGGCAGCCGCCUCUGCGCCGCGUCCCUCUAUACCUACUCGCGUCGAACCUUCCGACCGAGCAAUCGCCCAUCAUGUGGGCAAGAAGUACGGAGUGGAUUUAGAGAGCCAGCAAAAAGCGGAUAUCAGCGAGGAAAAUAAGAGAAGAAUUGCUGAAAUGUCAAUAGACGAUAUCGAGGAGGCCCGCUCCGAAUUAAUGCGGAAUCUAAACCCUGCCUUCCUGGAACGUUUGCUGAAACGUGCCAACAUUGACGAUGACCAGCAAGAACAGAAACGGUGGCCACAAGCUCCCGAAGAGGGCGAUGAGCAUGACCAUGGCGAUACUAGAAAAGAGAUGGACUCCGUAGAAGCCACAGAGAUGCCGGCUGGUGCACCUGAUGAUACUCCAUCUGCUCCCUCGGUUCAUUUUCCCGCUCCUCCUCGAUCUAAAGACGAUUUCAUCCCUCUAGAUCCAAACGACCCUUCCUUCUUUUCCGAACUCAGGACUCAUUAUUUUCCAAACACUCCUCAUGAUCCCUCUACAAUGACUUGGUUGCAAGAUCCCACAGAAGAAGAGAACCAGGAAUCACUGUAUAACCCGGAAAAAGAGUCAUUCUUGGCCUCUGCCCUGCGCUUCGGCUUCAAUGGACGCUUGAUACCUCCAAAAGAGAGUCUAGAAAUAGACGUGAAACGAGGUCUUCACCACCACGGUGACGAGCCUAGUAGCGCUGGCUACACAAUCCCUGAACUGGCAAUACUUGCACGGUCAACCUUGCCAAAUCAGCGAUGCAUGGCGUAUCAGUUACUGGGCAGAAUCCUGUUCCGGCUCGGCCGCGGGGAUUUUGGGCCCAGAGGUGGCGAGCUGCAGGAAGCCUUAUGGUCAGUAGUCGAAAGGGAAAGACCUCUCGAAGUCAUGAUGGCAGAAGCCAACAGGCAGUCUGGCCACGCCAGUGCAAAAGCCCACGCUGUUGAGGCACUCUGGCUUUGGAGAAAGGGUGGUGGAGGCGACAGAGGCGUGUUGAAACCAGGACAGAGGUUGGCGAAAUGA